AUGACUUCACCGGACGUCCCUCUUCCGCGCGUAAAAGAAGGACGCGCGGUUCCUUCUACCCGAGUGGGUCGCGCCUGGGGCUUUGCCCAACUCGGGGUCGGCCUCGCCAUCGGUACAGCCGUGGAAGGCGCCUCCCGCUUGUGGGGUAGCCCGUCGAAAACCGCCGGUAACGGCAACGGCUCCCUCGUCAUCAAUGACCACAACGCCGAUCGACUGGCCGCGUCCUUGUGUCGCAUGCGCGGAGCCGCACUCAAAAUGGGACAAAUGCUGAGCAUACAGGACGAAACCCUCCUGCCACCGGCUUUGACCCGAGCCCUCCAUUCCGUUCGACAAGGCGCCGACGCCAUGCCCCGGUACCAGCUCAUGGCGCAGCUCGAGUCGCAGUGGGGUGCUAAUUGGCGAGAAAACAAAUCGGUUGUGUCAUUCGACGAAACACCCCUGGCCGCCGCUUCGAUUGGACAAGUGCACCGGGCGCAAAUCAAGUUCGAUAACCAGGACAGCGACGAAAACGGCAACACCAGUGUACAAGAUGUUGUCGUUAAGGUCCAGUAUCCCGGAGUGGGCAAUUCGAUCGAAUCAGAUUUGCGCAAUUUGGCCAUGCUCGUCAAAGUUUCGGGUCUGGCGCCGAAAGGCUUGUUCCUGGAGAACGUCAUUCGCGUCGGACAAGAAGAAUUGCGAGUGGAAUGCGACUAUCAGCGAGAAAAGACGAAUCAAAAGCGAAUUCGGGACUUGGUCCACACCGAUCCCGUGCUACAGGCCAACAAUUUUGUCGUUCCGUAUGUAUACAACGAGUGGACGACGGACGAGAUCUUGGUCAGCGAAUACAGGCCCGGUGGAACCAUCGACAAAGUCUCGAACCUGAGCCAAGAAGAACGCAACCGCAUUGGACGAGCCAUCAUGUACUUGACCAUGAAAGAACUCUUUGUUUGGCGCUUUAUGCAGACGGAUCCGAAUUGGGGUAACUUUCUGUACGACGUUGGAUCCAAGACGACUAGUUUGAUUGAUUUUGGCGCUACGCGCGAGUACUCUAAAGAGUUUGUGGACGGCUAUUUGCGUAUCGUUUGGGCGUCCGCCAAUCAAGACGAGGCCACUCUAAUGGAACAGUCUCAUCGCAUGCAUUUUUUAACGGGUGACGAAAACGAGGCGAUGUUGCGCGCCCACAAACUCAGUGGCUUUACCGUUGGCGAGCCGUUCUGGAAGAGUGAAGCGUUCGACUUUCAAGGAUCGCAGAUUUCGUCCCGGAUGGGUGAGCACACGUCGGUCUUUCUACGACACCGACUCACGCCGCCACCGGAAGAAGUGUACACAUUGCAUCGAAAAUUGGCGGGCGCGUACAUGCUGUGCAUCAAAUUGGGUGCCAAGAUUGUGUGUCGUGACAUGCUCGAAGAGAUUGUAAGAGAUCACAUUUUUGAGGACGGUUUGCCGCCACCGGUAGUGCACUAG